AGGCCGCCUCUGGCUCUCCCCGCCUCCUCCCUGCUCUCCGAGGCUCGGCAAGCCCUCUCGUCCCCCAGAGCUCCCGCCGAGAUGCCUGCCGCCGGCCUGGCGCUGGUGAGUGGCCAGGCGCUCCCCGCCUUCCUGCUCUGCAGCACGCUCCUGGUGCUCAAGAUGUACGUGGUGGCUGUCAUUACGGGCCAAGUGAGGCUCCGGAAGAAGGCUUUUGCCAACCCCGAGGAUGCCAUGAGACACGGAGGCCUCCAGUACUGCCGGAGUGACCAGGAUGUGGAUCGCUGCCUCAGGGCUCACCGGAACGACAUGGAGACCAUCUACCCCUUCCUGUUCCUGGGCCUCGUCUACUCCUUCCUGGGACCUAACCCUUUUGUUGCCCAGAUGCACUUCCUUGUUUUCUUCCUGGGCCGCGUGGUCCACACGGUGGCCUACCUGGGGAAGCUGCGGGCGCCUACCCGCUCGCUGGCCUACACCGUGGCCCAGCUCCCCUGUGCCUCCAUGGCCCUACAGAUCAUCUGGGAGGCAGCCCACCACCUGUGACCAGCAGCUGACACCUCCUGGGAUGCUAGACCACUGCCCACGAGCCACCAGGGCUGUGCCUGGAGGACCAGACAGUCCUUUCCAGAUUGUGAUAGUCCCUGGGGACUGGUUUCCUGGCCUCCUGCUGUGUGUGAGAUCCUGGGCCCAGUAGGACCCUUGAGUGUUUGCUUGUGUGUGUGUGUGCCCCUUGGAUUCCUGGGUAAAGUGGCCAAUUGGAGUUAUUUAGAAUCAAAUUGUCAAGAUCGGUAGAAAAUCUUCCCAAAACGAGCAUAAAAAGCAUUACUUUUUUAUACCCAAGUACAGGAAGAGCACGGGAGACUCCGUCCUGACCUGGCUGGCCAUCCGGGUGCAGGGCCUUUCAGACGCUCCCAGAGAUUCUGCUUCGGGGGAGCUGGGAAUCUACAUUUUUAGAAGUUGCCCUCAGCGUCCCAGGGGUGGCCAGGCCUCGGAGCCAGGGCAGCUCCCUCUAGAGGCAGGGCCCAGGACAGGUCGGGUGUGAGGAUGUGAUUUUGCAGUUUCUUUUAUGCAGGGAGUUUCUCGAGGUAGGAGGCUGGGGUCACGGUCACGCUCCUUUGUGCCCUGUUGACACUGCCUGUGCUGGGUCCUCACUCCCUGGCAGGAUCCUUCCUCCUCGGCACAGGUGCAGGUGGAGGGGCCCACGGGAAGGAUGGCCUUCUCUUCCCAAGGUUUAGUCACUCUGAAGGGCAGUAAAUCAAGGACCUGUGGGCUUCGAAGGAACAACCUCUAAAAGGAACAUUCUAGACCUCAGAUGUGCACCCUUGUGGGGAAUCCAUGUGUAUGUAUGUAUGUGAGUGAGUGAGUGUGUCUCCUGGACUUGAUAUAAGGCAUGUAUGGCUUUAAUCAUUAAAUGGAGUGUGUGACCAGCUUC